GGGGCGGGGUUUCUGCAGGGCAGGCCCCGCCCGCGGGCGUGGCUCCGCCCCCCUCCUCGGGACGGGGUUUUUCGGCCCGUCGCGCCGGAAGUGCGUCAGCGCCCGCGGCGGGAGCGGGACGAGCGGAGCCGCAGGAUGAGCAAAGGCCGCGACGGCGCCGGGGGCGGAGGCGCCGCCGCCGUCCUGCUGCGGUACCUGCGGGAGCAGAACCGGCCGUACAGCGCCCAGGACGCCUUCGGGAACCUGCAGCGGGAGCACGGGCUGGGCAAGGCGGCCGUGGUGAAGGCGCUGGAGCAGCUGGCGCAGCAGGGCCGCGUCCGCGAGAAGACCUACGGGAAGCAGAAGAUUUACUUCGCCGACCAGGAGCAGCUCCCGGCCGCCAGCGACGCGGAGCUCCGCUCCCUGGAUGGGCAGAUCAGCGCUCUCUCCAGCAAAGUGCAGGAGCUGCAGCAGAGCUGCCGGCAGUUGGAGGCGCAGCUGAAGGAGCUGAACAGCUCCAUGACAAGCCCUGAGAUGGCCAAAGAGGUCGAGGCAUUGAGGAAGGACUGUGCAAGUUACACGGAGAAGCUGGAGAAGAUCAAGUGUGCCACCAACCACGUCACACCGGAAGAAAAAGAGCAGGUAGAGCUGCUGGGGCUGGGCCCGGGGCACCGGCCGCUCCCGGGGGGUUCUCAGUGCUGUGUCUGGGGCAGGUCUGCAGGGAGCAGCAGCUGUACCGCAGGGAGUGGCGGAGGAGGAAGCGAAUGGCAACCGAGCUGCUGGAUGCCAUCCUGGAGGGGUACCCCAAGAGCAAGAAGCAGUUCUUUGACGAGGUCGGGAUCGAGACUGACGAGGACCAGGGCGUCGCGCUGCCGCCGGCCGUGUGAGGGGGAGGGCAGAGGAGCUGAUGCUGGAGUUCUGCUUUUGGGCUGGUUGUUCUGGGUUUUUUUUUGGCCUCUUUUCGCAGGGCUUGGGCUGGUCCUGCACAUUUAUACACUUGUUUUAAUGUGCUUUGGGGAGGGUGGGUGAGGGAGUCACUCAGCACCAGCCCCUCACGGCCCUGCCUGUAGAGGGAAUGGUCCUUGUCCCGGCUCCUCACUGGGGGCAGGGGAGGUGUUGGUGUGUGGCUGGAGUGUCCUCAGGGUCCCAGGGACAAAAGGCAGCCAGUGCCUCAGCAGUGGAUGAACUGGGGCUCUUUCCUGUGUUCCAGGCAUGGUCAGGAGGCCCCAGCCCCUCACACACCCACAUUGGGCCCAGGUGGGCUCUGCCCCAGCUGGUUCCUCUGUUCAGGGUGUUGGGGUCGGGGUGGGUGGGGGGUGCAGCAGCCCUGGAAAGCCCCAAGGGGCUGGAGCCAGGCUCCAGGGACACCACAACAGAAAUAAACACAGGAAAAUGAU